GUGACGUCAGACACUACCCGGAUCACCUGUCAGCCGAAUGGUUUUGCUGCGGAGCCUCUACUUGGAGCAAAUCCUCAUUUUUGACCUUUUUGUGGAUGUACCAUUGGCCUGUGGAGAACUGGGACGAACAGAGACACUUCGGAGGACUUGAGUUGCGUGGUACCCAGGAGCACUAGAGGGCAGUGCUGAGUAGAGAACCUCGGAUCUGCACUUCCCGCUGCCGCCAGCAGGUGGCGGGUGUUCUGCUGGUGUAGACUGAUGAGAGUGAGCCGCGGGCUGGAGGACGUCAAGUUCCGAGCAGACCAACGAGCUCAAGGUGCUGCGGAAGUGACCAACUCUCCUCUUGGUUGUUAUUCUCCCGGAUGAUAGAGGGAACAGAAAAGCAUCUUUACAUCUCUGGUUACCAUAGCGACAUGGGAGACGAGGCGUCCAACACUUUGUAAGAUGUUUCCUCAUCACAGAGAAAGAGAGCAGCCCAUCUUCAGCACCCGGGCUCAUGUCUUCCAGAUCGACCCGGCCACCAAGAGGAACUGGAUCCCUGCCAGCAAGCAUGCGGUCAGCGUGUCCUUCUUCUACGACUGCGGCCGUAACGUCUACCGCAUCAUCAGCGUGGGCGGCACCAAGGCCAUCAUCAACUGUAUCGUGACACCCAGCAUGACGUUCACCAAGACGUCCCAGAAGUUUGGUCAGUGGGCCGACAGCCGGGCCAACACUGUCUACGGUCUGGGCUUUGCCACAGAGCAGCAGCUCCACCAGUUUGCAGACAAGUUCAAAGAGGUGAAAGACGCAGCUCGUCUGGCCAGAGAGAAGUCACAAGACAAAGAACUGGCCAACACCGCCCUCAGCAUCGCUGCACCUCAGGACCUCGCCGAUGACCUCCAGUCUCCCCCAGUGGUGUGUGUGAACGGGCCGGAGGACAAGCUGUUCCGCAGUCAAAGUGCCGACAUCACGCUGUCCUCUGAGAAGGAGCGAAUCAAGAAGAUGCUCUCUGAGGGGUCUAUCUGCGAGAUGAACCUGGAGGCGGAGCUCUUCACGCUGCAGGACAGCAACUCCAAAUUGGUGGCGGCGUUGCACGAGGCCAACGCUAACGUGGAGCAGUGGAAGAGGCAGCUGCACGCCUAUCAGGACGAGACGGAACGGCUGCGAGAACAGGUGGCUGACCUUGAGGCCCAUGGGGGUCACGGCCCCAGUGACCGGCUGAAGGAUGAACUGACUCAGUCCCUGGAGGAGCUGGAGGCACUACUGAAGGCUAAAGAUGAGGAAAUUCACAUUUUGCAAAGCAAAAGGGCAGAACACCAUGACAUAGAACGCGAGAGGGAUCAGGCGAUACAUAGAUUACGGGAAGUGGAGAUGCGUAAUUCCGAGUUGGAGCGGCGCAUCCAGAACACGGAGCAAAACUUGAACAACUCUAUGGAGGACCGUGAUCGCUUGGACACCGAGCUGCAGAGGUCCAUUGAAAUUCUUGACAUCAAAAUCUUUGACCUCAAUGAUCUUCGCCAGAGCCUCGUGAAGCUCGUCGACAAAUAACGCGUCAGGAUGAAGGAACAGAAGUCAAAAAAGAUGGGAGCUGGCGGCGGCCCACACAGGAAGCAUCUUGUCCGCAGGACUCGGUGAAUAGAUAGAUGUCAGUCGGCCUAACGGUGUAGCGCUUCAUGUUGCUUACAUGGAAACAAUGCAAUAACUUUAAGGUAACUGCUUUUAAGUGCAAGAUAUUUUAAACACUAAGGACAACCGGUGCUUGUAGUUUUACACGUAGAACAACUUUAGGAUUUGAAAAGCGCAUCUUAAGUGUUAUUACAACUGAUAAGAGGCCUUGUUUUACUGUCUUUCUUGAAACCAGUAAAAAUGAGACCUGAUGAACUGCCUUGUCGACACAAGCACACAUUGAAACUGCAUUUACAGCCAGAUACACUGA